AUGAAUAUAAAUUUGAUCGAAAGUGGUUCUAAUAAUGUUGAUAAUGAUGAACAAAUGAUGGAUAUUGAACCUAUUAACAUAGAGAGAAAAAAUAGCAAUGAUUUUAUUGGACAAGAUUUGUUUUCAGCAAUAACAAAAGUUCUUGAUAAGUAUCUUACUGAACCCAUUAAAAAUAUGAUUAGAGAAGAAAUAUCUCAAUGCUUAUUUGUUAAUGCAAAUUUGAUUGAGCCCAAUUAUGAAGAAUUGAAUCAAAGAUUCAUUGAAAAUCAAAAUGAUGCAUGUUUUAUGACUCUCCAGGCUAUAAUAGAAGAAGUAGGACAAGAGGAACAUGAUACCUCCAUGAUGGUACAAAGACAUUCACCAAGAUGUGUUAAAUCUACAAGAGAGUAUACAACUGUUCCUACGAUUAAAAAGGCUGUUUAUAAGAGAAAUUUAUAUGGUCAUGUUUGGAAAUUAGCGCAAACAGCAACUUUACUUGCAGUUGAGCAAGACGAUAAUGAAAUUACUACCUUCUUUAAGACUAUAUUAGAAGAAAAUCAAAUGAAUAUAUGCAAGAAGGCCUGCAAUUGA